AUGGAAGCACAUCAAGAAGAUUUAACAAAUAUUAACUUUGAUACUGAUUGGCAAUGUUAUUGUCAACUUACAAAUGAAGAAAAUAUGGUGACAACUGCACACAAUGCGGAUAUAAAUCAUGGUUGGUCUUCAAUCAAUUUACCACACAUUCUCGAUAUAAAUAAAUCACGUAAGUUUAAAGAAACAAAUUUAUAUAGAUGGUGGUAUUGUAAACAAUUCGAUUGCACAUCUAUCGACAAACACAUACAUCUAAUAUUUGAGUCCUAUGAUGAUCAAAAUGAUAGUUCUAUUUCAACAGAUAUUAAUGGCACUAUAUGGCUCAAUAAUACACAAAUAUUUUCUGGCUUAUUCAUAUCAUUAACGAAUCCUAUUGAGUUACCCUCAAAAUUAUUACGUAAUGAAAAUAUUCUGGUGAUUUGUUGUUUAAAUUCUACUCUUUCUCUUCAUGCUAAUCUUAUUCUACACGGUAAAAUAAUUUGUGCAACAGGACAAGUAAAUGUUACUGAAGAACUUGUAAACAAAAAUACAACUCAAAAGCAAAAAGAGAACGAGAUUUUAGAUUAUACAAUUAGUCUCGAUGAUACAAGUGGACGUAUUGAUGUUAUGUUUAAAUCAAAAAAGGAAUAUAAAGCACCUUUAAAAUCAGUUGCAUCAUCACCACAAUUAAUUGAAUACAAUCGAAAUGAAAAACAAAUCGAUGAAAAUAAAGAAGAACCAAAAGAUGAUCUUCUUAUACCUCGUUUAGCUAUUGUCAUACUCAUCGUUGGUACACGAGGUGAUGUACAACCAUUUAUUGCUCUUGGUCAAGCACUUCGAGCAAAAGGUCAUCGAGUUCGAUUAGCAACACAUGAAACAUUCCGAUCAUUUGUUCGUGGUAAUGGUUUAGAAUUUUAUCCAUUAGGUGGUGAUCCCGUUGAUUUAAUUUCAUUUAUGGUUAAAAAUACUGGUAUUAUUCCUUCAAUGGAUAGUAUUAUGGCUGGAGAUGUAAGCAAAAAACGUCGAGCUCUAUCUGAUAUUCUUGCAUCAACAUGGCAAGCAUGUAUAGCAAAUGAUGAUGAAACAGAUAUGCCAUUUACAGCUGAAGCAAUUAUUGCUAAUCCACCAUCAUUUGGUCAUAUUCAUUGUGCAGAAAAAUUACAAAUUCCUUUACAUAUCAUGUUUACAAUGCCUUGGACACCUACAACAACUUUUCCACAUCCGUUAUCAAACAUUGAUAAUUCAAGAGGAUCAAGAAAAAUAAUUAAUCGAUAUUCAUAUGAUGUUAUUGAAAUGCUGACAUGGGCAGGUAUGCGUGAUAUUAUCAAUAAUUUUCGAAAGAAAACAUUGGGUCUUUCAACUUUAAAUACUAGUCAAGCAAUAAAUGUUUUAAACGAUGAACGAGUACCACAUACUUAUUGUUGGUCACCAUCACUUGUUGCUAAACCAAAUGAUUGGGGAGAACAUAUUAAUGUUUCUGGCUUUUUCUUUUUGGAUCUUGGUACUACUUAUACAAAUCCACCUCAAGAUUUACUCGAUUUUCUUCAAUUUAAUGAUGAAAAACCAAUUUAUAUUGGUUUUGGUUCUAUUGCAGGACAUGAUUCUCGUCGUAUUCUUGCAAUUGUUAUUGAUGCACUUAUUCGAACUGGAUAUCGAGCUGUUCUAUCUGGUCUUGCUUCCGAUACAGAUCAUCUACCACCAAAUAUAUUUAAAAUUGGAAAUGUACCACAUGAUUGGCUUUUUCAACAUGUAUCAGCUGUAUGUCAUCAUGGUGGUGCAGGUACAACUGCAGCUGGUCUACGUGCUGGAAAACCAACAAUAGUUGUUCCAUUUUUUGGUGAUCAAUUUUUUUGGGGUACGAUCAUUGCAAAGAGUGGUGCUGGUCCUCAGCCAAUUCCAGGAAAAUCGAUUACAACAGAUCAAUUAAUUCAAGCAUUUCAUUUUGUUCAUCAAUCAACAACACGUAUUGCUGCUGAACAUCUUCGUGAUUCGAUUCUGAAAGAAGAUGGAUGUGCAGCAGCAGUUCAUGCAUUUCAUGCUAAUCUACCUUUAACACGUAUGCAUAGCGAUUUAGAACCAACAUUUGCUGCUUGUUAUCGUGUAGAUAACUAUCACUUACAAAUAUCACGACCAGUAGCACACGUGUUAGUAUCAGCAAAAGUUCUAGAAGAAGCUCAACUGUGUCCACAUGUUACACGAGAAUGGCAUUUCAAACAUGAUAAUCAUACGCAUAUAAUUAUGCAUGGUUUUUUUGAACAUUCUCAAAAAGCUUUCUCUACAAUGUUUAUUGACACUGCAUCAGAGUUGAAACGAACGGCCAGCAAUGAAAAUACAAAUAGGAGAACACUUGAAGAUGCUGGAACUGUUGCCAAAGGUAUUGGUUUAGGAAUAGGUCAUUUAACAAUUGGAUCCUUAUCAUUAUAUGGUGAAUUAACCGAUGUACUUGAUCAUGUGCCUUAUUUAUAUGAUCCGUAUAGUAAUUCCGAAGCACGUCCAAGACCAAUUGUAAUCGAUUUUAAGUCAGGUGCAAAGGCAGCUGGUUUAACCUUAUGGAAUGGUUGGAAAGAAGGUGUUACAGGUGUGAUAACACAGCCACGUGCUGGUUAUAAACGUCAUGGUAUAGUUGGUGGUGUAGCAGGAUCAUUAAUAGCUACAGUGAAUAUUUGGAUGAAACCUGGUCUUAGCACUCUUUCAUCUCUCACUUGGUUAAGUCGAGGUGUUUAUGCUAGUGUAGAAAAUGUUUUAGAAAAUUACAAAAAAGAAGGAAGACGUAUAUCACCAAAACUUUUCAAUGUCACUUCGUCGUCAUCAAGUGUAAGUAAUGAAGAAAUACAGAAUGAAAAUGAUAAGGAAGUUUCAUUAAUUGCCAAAAUUGCUGCAAACAACUCAGGUUUUCAUCCAAAAGUAUGUCAAACUAUUAUUGAUGAAUUUAAAAAAAUUAAAGCAGAACAUGAACAAUAUCGAAACUCUUCAUCAACAAAGAAGAAAUAUCCAGUAGUGUUGUUUUCUAAUGACAAUAAAAUUAAACGAUCUUCGUCAUCGGAUGUACGUAUCAUUGUAUCAAGACGAUUCAAAGAUUGA